CCUAAGCAAGUGCAUGUCCGCGCACCAACGUGCACGAGUGUGGUCAAAAGCCACGUGUGUUCCGCGUUCGAGGAAAGUUUCGCGAACGGUGUUAACAUGAAACGCCGCUACGCGCCAGAGAACACGCCGCGAGAUGAGGAAACGUUGCUAGCUCCAUAUUCGCAGGAAGACGUUCCACUGAACGUGAAAAUACCAGCACCCAGCAGCGGUGCUACGCUAAAAGAGCGUUUGUCCGCUGGAAUGGCGACGAUGGAAAAGUUGUCGGGUAAGGCGGCGACUCCUGCUAAGAAAAUCAGGAAACCGCUUCAAUACCAACCUCGGGCCGGAGGCGCACAUGGGAGGCAACCCGGCGCUGAUGUACCCGCCGAGCCGUCGGUAGAUGCACAAAGCAAUCCGGAUAUUGCUUUGAUGUCAGCGUUACGGCGACUGAGGGCCAACAUGCAGAAAAUCGUGGAAAGACAAGUAGCAACUCCACAUGAGGUGUGGAGUAUGUUGGAAGAACAGAAGGAGUUGCGGGGGAUGUUGUCGACGCGGACACCGUUGCGGAAUUCGAUCGAGAUGUUUUUGGACCUGUUGGAAGCGUUGCUGCGGGCGAAAAUGCAAUUGCGGUAGAUUGUCGGUGUAGCGUGAAUUUAUAGGCCCCCAAAACCAAAGCUAAAAACUCGAUUCGCCACCUACAUUCGAGUAGGAGAACUAUGGUGCAAGGUUACGUUUACGUUUUUGCGUGAUUAGUGCAAAGGGAAGUGAAAACAAUUUUAAGGUUUUUUAAAAGAAAAUUGAUCUUUUCGAAUAUAAUAAAGUUAACAGGAGGUAAGAAAUUAAAA